UCCCAAGAAGGCCUUGGGUAUUUUCUCGCAUUUUCUCAGAGCUCCUCCUCGAGAAAAAUCGCAGGGGAAAAGGGUUUAAGUCAAGGGUUUAUCCAUCGAAAUGUUUCCGGUAAAUUCACUUACAAAUUUCAAUCUCUUCCUAGAUUUUCCCAUUUUUUCGAAAAUCUUCCAUCCACAUCAAUCCUCUGCCCUGAAAUCAUGCAGGAAAAUCCAGAGUCUGAUCAAAGCAUUUCAGAAGAAGAAGAUUGGCCUCAGAAUUGUAUUUCAUUAGGUGGAGCUACUGAGAAGAAGGUACAUAUGAAGCGGAUCACGGAAGGAAAACAGCAAAUUUGUCACAUGAGGCAUGUUAACCCGAUUGACUUGUUGUUUUCUUGUUUUGUGCUGAAGGUUGAGUUGGACUUUCCAUGGGAAUUGAAUGGUAACAGCUGUGCUGUGUGUAGAAUUUGAAGGGAGAACUCUAUUACUCGGAAUUGGGCCAUAAAGAAAAUGGAACUAUUGCAAUGUGAUAUGUUAUAGAAUAGUUUUAAGAUUAUAGGAUAUGUCAGUGCCACGAAUUCCCUAUCAGCAUCUGUGAUGAUGACUGUCAUUUUAUGAUGAAGGAUCCACUUAAAUUGAUGGCUUUCUUUGAAAAAUGAUAUGAUUAAUUAUAAUAGAACAAUUAAUUCCCAUGAGAUGUUCAAAAUCUCUUUAGUAAUCAAAAGAUUGCCCUUUGACAUUCAUAAAUUUGAUCAGAAGCAAACAGGUUUCUCUUUUGAAGAUGAUGAUGAAAUGUCUGUCUUCCACAAUGGGGGUCACUUGAUCCUCUCUCCAAGGAAGGGAUCUAAAUGCAACUCAGAAGAGAGGGUCUAUGAUGAUGAGGGAAACAAAUUCUCAACUUUUCCCCUCAACUCUGGGGCUAAAAAUUUCCAGAAAGUUGAUCUUCAUAAAUUUGGAAGUGCAAAGCAAGAUGGAGACACAUGGUCUGCAGUAACUAAAGAAACUGAGGAACUAGUUCACUUAAAUGAAAAUGCUGGGUGUUCAUCAUCCCAUGUGUCCUAUUCCAGGGGAAACAAAUUCUCUAAAGGUGGCAAAACUAAAUCCAAGCCCAAAUUUUCGUUCCGCUUUCAGUCGAAUAAGGAAGAUUCAUUUGGGCCUUUUAUUACUAAUGAAAAAAGCAGCAGGUCAUCCAAGGUUGAUCAGGUGCCUGAAGGACUAGAAGCUAUUGAACAUAAAACCAUGGAAGGUGCAAUAGCUGAGUUUGUGGAUGGUUUUCAUGGAGAAAAGUUAAAGGAGACUGAGAUUCAUGCAGUGCAAGGUGACCAAACAGUUGGACAUGGUUGUAGCAAGCAUUCAGUGGCCGAGCUUCUAAAUGACCUCCAGGAAAAAAAUGGGCUGCUGGGAGGGAAAUCUAAAAUGUGUUGUAGAAGAAAAGGCAGAAGGGUACAGCUUGUUAUUAAGAAAAAUAUUUCCACAUCAGAAGAUAGAACCAUGCAAAAUGAAGACCCAGAUGAGCCUAUGGCUAGUGGACCAUCGAGUGAUGAUGAGGCCAAUAUGCAAAAUACAAGGCUUAAUGUCUCAGAAGCUGAAAGAAAAACUAUGGCAGAUAGAUUUCAUGAUGCUCUAGGUGCAGCCUCUGUAAAUGAUGAGGCUCCCCUUUUUGUGGUGCCUAAACCAUCGGGCACUGGGUUGUUUGGAAAGUUGCAGCGAGUAAUGCAGAGUGAAAAGGAAAGAGACAUGAAUUUCUUGAAGAAGUUACAAAUAGGAGCUAGUCCAAAUUAUGAAGCAAGCUGCAUUGAUGUGAAAAUCCUGUCACGAUUCUUUGAGGCAAAGCUGACUGUUUGCAAUUGCUCUUUGGUUGAAAAUGAAGAGAGUUCCCAACAGGGAGAGAGCUACCAAAUAUUGAAGGAAUGCCGAAGAAGGCUAAAUACAGUUAUCUUUAGCUCAAGAGCUUGUGGUGAUGUUGAGCUUGAGGUUGCGAAUUUGAUUCGUAUUCAUCCCGCCUGGAAAGAGGUACAAGUAACAGGAAGCGACAAGAUAAUCAUCUUGGCUACAUAUUUCUCCCAGAUGUCAAUUUGAUCAGUCUGGUUUCACCAAAGGAAAAAGGUGAAUGUAGUAUUCCAUUCUCUCUUUCAAAACACAUAUCUAAGCCUUCAACUUGGUUGAACACCUGAUCGAUCCGCAUUCUCUUCUCUUAGUUUCAAAGUACUUCUUGCAAAGAGUUGAAUGAGACACAAAAUUGUAACUUUACAAGGAUUGUAGCAUGACAGACCAUGAUGGUGUUGUACAAGAAUUCUACUAAAUCAAGGAGGAAUAAGAUAUUGAAGGGCAACACUUUACAUGGAUUUGCUCGAAAAGAUGGAGCAUCUCCUAAGAAGCAAUUCAAAGGCAUUGAGCUCACCCCAACUUGGAAAUGUCAAAUUUGGGUUGGGAAAUUUCAAUUCUGUAAUUUUGAAUAUCUCAUUCAACUUCACCAAACAAAGAAAUAUGCUAAUAUUUGAUGUAAUACAACUAUUUUCUUACA